ACUGUAACAAAAAAAACACAACACAACCAAAGUUACCUAAACCAAACCCAUUUUUUUUUCUUCUGUUGCCAUGACCACAACCACAAGGCAUAGUUACAAACUCUCUCUCAAAAGAGCCACAAAGAGAACAAGAACAACAAGAAGAAGGAGAAGAAACCACCCACUUAGCCAAAAUCUCAUCACCACAAUUGACCCCUCCAACCAUGAAAAGUGCCACAAAAAUUCCCAGAAACUGUCACAAAAGCUUGAGGCUUUGAAGAACCUCAUUCCCUCAACGAACACCGAAGAAGAGGCUGUGAAACCAGACCAGCUGUUCAAGGAAACCGCAGAUUACAUCGUGUUGCUGCGGACACGUGUGGUGGUGCUGCAGAAACUCAUUGAGUAUUAUGGGAACAACAGCACCCAGAACGAUGAACAUGCUCUGUUGUUAUAGUAGCUUCCCUUUUACUCUCUUUUAUUCUUUUGGGUUCUUCUAAAUGUUUUUGUUUUGUCCUUUCGUUAAUGAAAAAGAAAAAGCAAAGAUCUUUGGUCUUCUGGGGUUAUUUAUUUUUUGGGGUUUAUGAUUUUUAUUUUCACUAGAUUCGAGUAGGGACUAUGGUAGAAGAGAAAUUUCAAUGGGGAAACGAGGAAGGAAAGGUUGGGAAUUUCAGAAUUUGUAAAGGAAAUCCAAUGCAUGUAAUGUAACCAUUUUUAUUCUA